AUGAAUUAUACACCAGAUAUGUCUCAUGAUUCAGUUGAUCGAGCUAUUUAUCAUGCUUUAUUAAUUUGGUCUUAUCCAAGUCAAUUAAGAUUUCGUCAAGCGAACGAAAUGGAACAUCCUGAUAUUGAAUUUUUAUUUGCUCAAGGUUAUCAUGAAGAUGGAUAUCAAUUUGAUGGAAAAGGCUCUGUUCUAGCUCAUGCUUUUUAUCCUGAAGAACAUCUUGGUGGAGAUGUUCAUUAUGAUGAAGAUGAAGAUUGGACAGCAUACAGAGAACAUGAAUAUGGUUUAAUGGAUUUAUUCUCAGUAACUGUUCAUGAAUUAGGACAUUCAUUAGGUUUAAUGCAUUCAAAUAUCCCCGAUGCAAUUAUGUUUCCCUAUUAUCGUGGUUAUUCAAAAAGUAUUAAAUUACAUAGUGAUGAUAUAGCAGCUAUUCGAAGACUUUAUGGAGAUCCUCCAAUAGAAGUUAUAAUUCCAUCAUCAUCAUUAAAUUCUGAUGAAAUAACACGAACAACAAAUGAUUAUACAACAUUACAAUCAACAACAACAACAACAACAACUAUAAUUGAAACAACAACGACAACUUUAAUGUCAACAUUAACAACAAUUGAAACAACGAGUUCAACUAAUCCGAUAACAACUUUAGCGAUAACUAAUCAAGAAAAAAUUUAUAGUGAAGCAACAACAACGAUAGUAGCAUUAAAUCAUUCAUAUGAAACUAAAGAUCAACAUAUAACAAAAUCAACAAAUCAUCGAUUCCAAUCACAUUUCGAAAAUCAUACAUUAACAGAACAAAUUAAAAUAAAUUAUAUAGAUCGAUCAAAAUUAGAUUUAUGUGAUGGAUUUUAUGAUGCUAUUACAAUGUAUAAAGGAAUUUUAUUCAUAUUUAAAGGACAAUAUUUUUGGCAAUAUGAUCGACGUGGUUUAGAUGCUUCAUCACCAAUGAUUAAUAAUGCUUUUUGGUUAGGAUUACCAGAAACAUUAACAAAAAUUGAUGCUGCUUAUGAACGAUCUGAUGGUCGUUUAAUGCUUUUUUCAGGUCGUCAAUAUUGGAUAUUUGAUGAUAAUAAAAUAUCGAUUGAAGAAGAUGGUUCUAGUUAUCCACGUAAUAUAAGUUUACUUGGUCUUCCAACACAUGUUGAUCGUAUUGAUGCAGCAUUUUUAUGGUCAUUUAAUCGUCAAGCUUAUCUUGUUUCAUCAAAUCUGUAUUGGUCAUUAGAUGAACGAUGGAAUCGUGUUAAUACUGAUGAUUAUCCAAGAGAUAUGACCAUGUGGCAAGGAAUUGAUAUUCCACUUGAUGAUGCUUUUGUUGAUUUAACUGGUUCAACAUAUUUUUUUAAAGGUCUAGAUUUUUGGCGUUUAAAUAAUACAAGUAUGGAAGCAGCAAUAGAUUAUCCACGUUCAAUAAAUACUGAUUGGCUUUUUUGUGAUAAGCCUCGAUCUUUAUCAUCAUCAUUAUUAUUAUCAUUUCAAUCGACUUAUAUCUUAUUAAUUAUUCUUUUUAUUAUUCUUCAUGAUUCUUCGCUCUAA